AGAGAAGCAUGAGUCUGGGUCUUGUUUCCAUCACUGCUUCAGCCAGAAAACAAGCAGCAAAAAAGAUCCCAUCAUCAGUUUGUGAAGCAUGGAAUUGAAGCGAGAGAGAGAGAGAGAUUAUUAUAUAUUGGAAUGAUUAGUUUUUUAGUGUCCCAAUGAUUGAGCUCUCCUUGCAUCUAGAGAGAAACUUGCCCAGAAACUCACAAAUCAAGCUCGAAGAAAUAGCAACGAAGAACUAGAGAGACACAGAGAGAUGACGCCCAUGAACAGUGAUGAUGGAAGGAGCAGUCAUUGGUUGGGCUUCUCGCUCUCUCCUCACUCGAACAUGGAGGCCUCCCUCUCAUCUUACCACCGCCAACGGCAGAACCAAGCACCUAUUGACUCUGCAUUUGGUCUCUCAACUCCGACCCUUGACUAUGGCCUGUUGAAUGGAGUUGAAGGUAGCUUUGGCUCAUGCUCUGCAUUGUCUGUAAUGCCACUCAAGUCUGAUGGGUCUCUUUGCCUAAUGGAAGCUCUCCACAAGUCACAGGCUCAAGCUUCUGCUACUCCACAACCGGAGGACUUCUUCAGUGGUGCAACCAUGAGCCAUGACAUAGAAAAGUUGUAUCACCUGGGAGACCCACAAGAUCACGAGCACAACCACCAAAAUCACCUCAACCACAUCUAUUGGAGAAGGCAACACCAAGACCAAGCCCAAGCCCAAGCCCAAUCCCAACACUACCGCCAUCUCUGCUCUGAAGAAUUCGCAAGUCGUGAGCUCCUUCAUCACAUUCAUUCAAACAAUGCAUUGGAGAUCAAGAUGAUGAAUGGAAGCAUGAUGGGUCAUUGUGGGUCAGGAUCUUGUCCUGUGAGCACAAUGGAAUCGAGCGAUUCGCACUCGUUGAGCUUGUCGAUGAGCCCUCAGUCACAGCCGGGCAGCAUUGCGAGCUCACAGCAGAUAGCCGACACGAUAGCAGAGUGCAUUGCCCUGGAGACAAAGAAAAGAGGGGUUGACAAUUGUAAUCAGAAGAAGAUAGUUCAUAGGAAAUCUCUGGAUACUUUUGGGCAGAGAACUUCUCAGUACAGAGGUGUUACAAGACACAGAUGGACAGGUAGAUAUGAAGCUCAUUUGUGGGAUAGCAGCUGCAAGAAAGAAGGACAGAGCAGGAAAGGAAGACAAGUGUACCUUGGAGGGUAUGAUAGGGAAGAAAAGGCUGCGAGGGCUUAUGAUCUCGCCGCGCUCAAGUACUGGGGACCAUCAACCCAUCUCAAUUUCACUUUGGAUAACUAUCAACAAGAACUGGAGGAAAUGAAGACCAUGAGCAGACAGGAAUAUGUUGCUCACCUUAGGAGAAAAAGUAGUGGAUUUUCAAGAGGGGCUUCCAUGUAUAGAGGAGUCACAAGACAUCAUCAGCAUGGACGUUGGCAAGCUCGGAUUGGCCGAGUUGCCGGCAACAAGGACCUCUAUCUUGGGACUUUCAGCACUCAAGAAGCAGCAGCAGAGGCCUAUGACAUUGCCGCCAUAAAGUUCCGAGGAGCAAAUGCAGUGACCAACUUCGACAUCUCGAGGUACAACGCGGAGCAGAUCAUAGCAAGCAGCACCCUUCUCCCCAUAGAAAUGGCCAGACGCGACAAGGAGGUCACGAUCAGUUUCGUCAAUAAAGCUUCUGGUCACUGACCUGCUGACCAAAAAGGCAACGGGAAGGCCAUCGGUUAUCUGUCUAUCGACCAAAUUGAGCCAAAACAGAGGAGACCGUUGUCUUUCUCAUUGGCUCCUGAUGUAGAAGAAUUACCCGAGACGGCAACCACAGUCUCAUCGAAUUCUUCCUUGCUGUUGACGAGCUUAAGCAGCUCACGAAAUGAGAGUUUGCCGUUGACCAUUUGGAACUUUAGAUCCAACCACCAUCCCAAUUGAGGACUCUUCCUAGGUUGCCAACUUUUACUUCUUGAACAGACUGAUUGAUUUCUUUCUUUUCCUAUGGCAUUAUGUUCUUUUC